AAUCACAUUUCCCUCUUACUAAAAUAUGAAUCUUCAGUGGAUAAUAUUGAAAUAGAAGCAGCAAUUAAUGCAAUUAUAUAAACAGGAAGAUCAGCCAGGAAUUAACUUGGAGAGUAUAAAAUGCAUUCAGAGUUGGUGCUGGGGUCAUUGUCUCUGCAGCUCUUCAAUUCAGAAUCAGAUUUCUGCGUGAAGGGAAAAGCUGGCUGCCAAGAGCCUGGUCAGAUCCAGAUUUGGCAUCGUUGCAAAUCUAAUAGCAUGAAUCCAGAUCUUUUCAUCGCUCGUCUCCUAGUCUUUGCCCUUACUGUGGGGCAGAGCAUGACUCUCUGUAUCCCUGUUGAACACGUAAUCCAUGUGGAGAAGAGAGAAUGUGCCUACUGUUUGGCUAUCAACACUACCAUCUGUGAAGGAUUCUGCAUGACAUGGGAUAGCAACGGUAAGAAGCUGCUGCCCCGGAGCGCCCUGUCCCAGGAAGUAUGCACAUACAAGGACAUGGUGUACAGGACAGUGCUGAUCCCUGGCUGCCAGCAGCAUGCUGCCUCCUACUAUUCCUAUCCUGCUGCAGUGAGCUGCAAGUGUGGGAAAUGCAAUACCGACUACAGUGACUGUGUGCAGGAGGCCAGCAGGAUGGGCUAUUGUGCUAUACUCCAGAAACGCAAUAGCCCAUGAAGUUCUGGCUAGGUGCAAUAUGCUCAUGCAAACAAGUUCCUGUUGCCACAUGGCAAAUUACCGGCAGCCCAGAAUAAAUAGAAUAGGUAGCAUAUUCAACACUUGUUCUAUCAAAUUAUUCUUUGACAGAAAAAUAAAACAGAAUCAGCUAUUUAUUGUCAUUUGACCUAGAACUCAGAAACUGCAAUGCCUGUGAAAUAAACCAUAUUGCAGCAUCCACAAGUAAAUGUACAAGGAUGAA